AUGGCAACAAAAUCAAAUGAAGAGAAUAUUGCAGAAUUUAAAGGUCAUAAUGAAAUUCAAAUUGAAUUAAUGAAAGAAGAAUGUAUUGUAGUUGAUAAUGAUGAUAAACCAAUUAGACCAGGAUCAAAGAAAGAAACUCAUUUAAUGGUUAAUAUUAAUAAUGGCUUACUUCAUCGUGCAUUCAGUAUUUUCUUAUUCAAUGGUGAAGGUAAAUUAUUACUUCAACAAAGAGCAUUAGAGAAAAUCACUUUCCCAGGCUAUUGGACAAACACUGUUUGUUCUCAUCCACUUUGGAUUGUUGGUUCUGAAUUAGUUGAAGAGAAUGCUCAAGGUGUUAAAAUAGCUGCAAAAAGAAAAUUAAAUCAUGAAUUAGGUGUACCAUUAGAUCAAGUCAAUAUCGAUGAUUUCACUUUUAUGACUAAAAUUCAUUACAAAUCUGAAUCAAAAGAAGAUCCACAAUGGGGUGAACAUGAAAUUGAUCAUAUUUUAAUUAUGCAAAAAGAUGGUAUUACAAUUAAUGCUGAACCAAAUGAAGUUAUGGACUAUAAAUAUGUAUCACAAGAAGAAUUAGAUCAAUUAUUUAAAGAUGAAGAUGAAGGUAAAGUUAAAGUAACACCUUGGUUUAGAUUAAUUGCAUUAAAUCAUUUAAAACCAUGGUGGAAUAAUUUAAAUAAUUUAAAACCAUUAGUUGAACCAACAAAUACAAUUCAUAGAUAUUAA